AUGGGAAGCCACUUCCGGCGCGCUUGGCGCUUCCGCAGGAGAGACCCCCCCGGGCCUUUUCCUUCUCAUUCCCGGCGUUUCUCGUCGGAACAGGGACGCCAAGCCGGAAGAGGAUGGCGGCGGCCGCUCUGAAAAGAUUUUGGUCCCGAAACCGUGAAGACCCUGGGGGCCCAGCGGCCGCGAAGCCCGGCGUGUGGGCGCGGUUGGGCUCCUGGGCCCGCGUACUGCUCCGAGACUACGCGGAGGCCUGCGGGGACGCGGCGGCGGCGGCGCGGGCCCGGCCCGGGCGGGCGGCCGCGUACGUGGGGCUGCUGGGCGGCGCGGCGGCCUGCUGCGCGCUGGCGCCCGGCGAGGCGGCCUUCGAGGAGGCGCUGCUCGACGCGUCGGGGACCCUCUUGCUGCUGGCCCCGGCCACCCGCAACCGCGUCUCCGAGGGCCACGUGCAGCGGCUGCUCUGGCUUCGGGGCCGCGGCCGCCUCCGCCACGUGAGCCUGGGCCUGUGCUCGCUCGUGUACGAGGCGCCCGUCGACGCCCAGGCCAGCCUCUACCAGGCCCGCUGCCGCUACCUGCAGCCCCGCUGGGCCGACUUCCCGGACCGGAUCCUGGACGUGGGCUUCGUGGGCCGCUGGUGGGUGCUGGCCGCCCGCAUGCGCGACUGCGACGUUAACGACGACGAGUUCCUCCACCUGCCGGCCCACCUGCGCGUCGUCGGGCCCCAUCAGCUGCGCUCCGAGACCAACGAGCGGCUCUUCGACGAGAAGUACGAGCCCGUGGUGCUCACCGACGACCAGGUGGACCAGGCGCUGUGGGAGGAGCAGGUCUUGCAGAAGGAGAAGAAGGACCGACUCGCCCUCAGCCAGGCCGACUCCCUGGUGCGGCCCGAGGGGCCCAGAUGAAACCCCGGGCCUGGGUCGGGUCCGGGCUCCGAGCCCCGGCGGCUUGUGUGGCCCGGAGCGCACGGCCGCGGCGAGCGGGGGGAAGCAAACGCUGUGCAGAGCGCGCCCUCCCUGCGUUUUCGCCACCUUUCUAGAAGGCCGCUCUCCCUCUCCCCCUCCCCUUGUUCCUUGUUAGCUGAAGCGGUUGCGGAGCCCUCUGGGUCAGGGAGGUGGGGAGGGCCCAGCGGUAAGACGGCGGAGUUGAUCACUGCGAGCGUUCGUCACGAGUCCUUUGUGUAAGUGAACUUUUCGUGGAGUCUCACAGCCCCUCGCCCGAGGGCG